GGUGCAGCUGCAGGCUCUGGUUACACCCUCUCCACCCUCUCACUGUCCCCGCUGCAGGAUGGAGCAGACAGCUGUGAGGUUCUGAUAAUAUUCCUCACGCACAUUCUUCCAUCACUGGUCUUAGAAGAGCGAGCAGCUUCCACAGUCAAGAGCAGAAAUUUGGUCACCAUGUCGUUACGGAGGCUUUGGAGCAACCCUAAGACGCUGGGGGAUGUCAACAUGGUGACAGAGGAGCUGAAGAACCUUUAUUAUAAGAGGCUGAUGCCGAUUGAGAAAUACUACGCGUUCAGUCACUUUCAUUCCCCGAGCUACGAGGACGCAGAGUUCGAGAACAAACCCAUGGUGUUGGUGAUGGGUCAGUACUCCACAGGAAAGACUACUUUCAUCAGGUAUCUCAUAGAACAAGAUUUCCUUGGUAGCAGAGUUGGACCAGAGCCAACCACGGACUGCUUCACUGCCCUCAUGCACGGAGAGGUGGAAGGCAUCAUCCCUGGAAAUGCCCUCACGGUGGACCCCAAAAAGCCCUUUCGUAACCUCGACCCUUUUGGAAACGCCUUUCUGAACAGGUUUCAGUGCGUCCAGAUGCCAAAUAAAGUCCUGGAGAGUGUCAGCAUCAUCGACACACCUGGCAUCUUAACUGCUGCUAGAAGAAAACUGAGUCGUGGCUACGACUUCCCAGCAGUGCUGCGCUGGUUUGCAGAGCGGGUGGAUCGGAUCAUCCUGCUGUUUGAUGCACAUAAACUAGAGUUCUCCGAUGAGCUCACUCGGGCCUUCGGGGCACUGAGCGGCUACGAGGACAAGCUGCGCGUGGUUCUCAACAAGGCCGACAGGGUGGACUCGCAGCAGCUCAUGAGGGUGUACGGCUCCCUCAUGUGGUCGCUGGGGAAAGUGUUUCGAACCCCAGAGGUGUUGAGGGUUUACAUCGGAUCUUUCUGGUCAGAGCCGAGGCAGAUGUGCGACCACUAUCAGCUGAUCGAGGUGGAGGAGGAGGAUCUGCUGUCCGACAUCAGGAACCUGCCGCGCAAUGCUGCAGUUCGCAAGUUGAAUGACCUGGUGAAGAGGGCACGUUUAUUGAGGGCUCAUGCUCACAUUAUCAGCUAUCUGAAGCAGGAGAUGCCAACGAUUUUCUGCAAGGAAAGCAAAAAGCACAACCUGAUUUACCAGCUUCCGGUCAUUUUCACCAAGAUCCAGCAACAGCAUCGAGUCCCAGCGGGCGACUUCCCCGACUGCACCAAGAUGCAGGAGAAGCUUUUAGGUCAAGAUUUCUCAAAGUUCAAGACACUGAAGCCCAGUCUGAUGGCCUCCCUGGAUAAACUCCUGGCCACGGACAUUGCAAACCUGGUGCCUCUUCUCCAACAACAGGAACUGAGGAAGGAGAGGAAGAAAUCCCUCCCAGGAGUUCUGGACGGGGAAUUUUUGGGAACAUUCAGGCGCGAUCAUUACAAGAGAGAUCCUUUCAAGGAAUUCAGGACAGACGACGAGAGCGGCGAGGCGGAUUUCGACGAGUGGGCGGUGGAGAAAUACAAGCCGAAGUACGACGAGAUUUUCUACAACCUCAGUCCGAACGACGGUAAACUGAGCGGCACCAAAGUCCGAGAGUGGAUGACCACCACGCUGCUGCCCAGCUCCGUGCUCGCUCACAUCUGGAGGCUGUCGGAUGUGGACGGGGACGGCAUGCUGGACAAUGAGGAGUUUGCUCUGGCGGUCCACCUCAUCGAGGGGAAACUGGAGGGACACUGGUUGCCCCGAGAGCUGCCGUCCCACCUGGUGCCCCCUUCCAAACGACUGAGUACAGCCAGUGAGGAAGAGCAAACAUGAGGCUCUGUGUAGCCUACAUCAUAUAGACUAUUUGUACAUAAUCUAGUAGUAGAAGUAAAAACUAACACAAUGUACAGAGUUUGAAGUUUUAUCCAAUUGUAUUUUAAUCAUCAUGACACCUUAAUAUUGGCAUUAAUGGUUUCACAUCAUUUGUUUUUGUUUUUUGUUACAUAAAGUAUGUUAGCCGACCGGUGCAAACGCAUCACAACGACGCAAAACAUUUCCAUCCAAGUUGCUGAAGAUGUUACUUCAUUUGUUUUGGGCACAUAUUCGUUUUUAUAUCUGCUUCCUCUUUGAAGCUGUAGCUCAUUUGGCACCUGUCGGCCACCGUAGAAACCAAACUUGUUAUGGGUCAUUACGCAACGUAAUGACCCAUUUCAUAAUCAUGAAUAUUAAAUGACUGGAUAAUGAUUAUUGAUGCGUUAAUGUGUUCAUCACAGCUGUUAGAUGUGGAGGUAAUUAUACAUAAUUCAUCUAAAUACUGCUGCUGGAUAUCUAAACCUCUAAUUAUUAGUCAAUUUAUAUUUUGUAUUAGAUAAUGAUCAGAAUCUGUAGAGUAACUAAAGCUGUCAGAGAAAUGUAGGGGAGUAGAGGUAACAGUAAGCUGUGCCCCCCUGUGAAAGAAGAACCUAUGAUAAUACAAAGACUGUGACUUUCUUGUACCCGAAACAAACACCAAUCAUGUUCUUCAUGUUCUUUUUUGUGGGCUAUGACUUUAUAGUGAUUAAAAAUGUUAAAAUGUUAAA